AUGUCUACAGGCUGUGGCUGUGUGAGGUCGCCCCUGGAGACAGCUGAACACAGACUGACGGGAGGACAUGAGCACCACUGUGAGUAUCUGAGAGACAGAGGGGAGGGGGAAGGGAAACAGAAAGAGAAAGAAGGUGAGAAAGGGAGAGAGAGAGAGAGCAGAUCUCCACUGGGACCAACCAACACAGUGACAGAUGGUAAGACAUCGGCCAAGUCUGCCUACUGUCACAUACAAUGCCUCUGUGUAUUCGUGAUGGGGAUUACGUAUGCGUAGAUUCACACACGCACAUAUGCACGCACGCACACACACACUAUGAAAUACCACCACCUUACACAACCACAUACUGCAAUAUAUCUGUAUGGAAUCGAAUACGCAAUACUACCUUUGAAUACACAAGUUUCUGUGCUAUUUUUGUGAUUAACUCAUGAAUAGUAAUAAACUACACAUAUCUCAUAGUUACUGUCUAAAUAACGCCCAUCAGAUCAUCAGAUAUACAUGUGUUAUAUUUCUGUGUGACAGAUCAGAUAGUGGAGCCCGUGAGGACCCUGCUAGAGGAGGGGACAGGGAUGACCAGAGCUGUGCAGGGGAAACACUGUCCUGAGGCUGUGCACCCUGAGGAGCAGCCUGAUGAGCAGGAACUGAAGAAACCACGCAGGAAAGACACGCCAGUCCUCAGCACUCCUCCACUCAUACCAGGUCAGUCACACUCUACACUUUCUCUCUCACUCUCUUGUUGUUACUGUCAGAGCCAAAAUGAGACUUGAAUUAAACUGUAAAAUAGUGGUUGUCCUUAAGAUGUUGAUGUAAUGUAGCAAGAUGUGUAAGUAACCUCUAUGCUUAAAUCAUGGACAGUAAUGUAUGCAAAGGCAUGAUAUUCUGUACAUUAUGGACUUUUAAGUUGAUGUUGGUGUAGUAACAGAUUCUCAGUAUGAAUUUGUUACCAUUAUUUGUAAUAUGUGUUGCGUCAUUUGCCUCCAUCAGGUUUGAGGUUGGUGAAAGGAGAGAAGAGAAUGAUUCACAUGGAGGAUGAUGAGAAGGAUGGAAAGAACUAGAAGUCAUUGGAAGAUAGUUUUUUGCCUACAGUUUUUUUGUUGACAUUGUUGUUUUCAGUUGUCAUAUCGUUAAUUGUUAAUAUGUAGCCUAUACCUGUUUAUUAAAAGUAGCUCUACAAUG